ACCGGCGAGACAGGAGAGAGACUUCUCAGGAAGAGGGGCGGGAGAGUGCACCAAACUUUGGAGGAGUUUUAGAACUUAGAACCGAGGAACCCCUUCCAGACUCCAGGUGGACGGGUGCGAGGCUGACCGCGUCAGAAGGAGGUGGUUUUAUAUAGCGGUGGGCUUUGAUGGACCCUCCUUUGGCUUUAUAGCAGUAUGAUCCCAGGUCUUCUCGUGACAAAGGUUUGAACUGUAUUCAGCCCCGGUCUCCACGUUUUGGAUCGGAUUAUAUAAAUGCCAUACUGAAUUCAGACAUGGAGGCUUUUUAAGCGAAGGUGCAUGCUUGCUGAAAGUUAGGACAACACGGCUCUACCUUUUUGUGGCUUUUUUUGCAAAGUUUUUAGACUCUUUUCUCGAGAGAGAUCUCUGUUCUGGAUCUCCUCUGCGUUCUUGAUUGGGACGGUUUUUGUUUUGUCAACUUCUUUCUGUGGGAUUGAUAAAGCGAGUCCUGCCGAGAAUCCACCUGUUCUUCUUCUAUCUCUUGCCAAAUAGAGAUUGGGACCCCCCAGGGGAAUGCCGCGCAAGGCCAGCGUGGCGGCCUGGGGGGCAGCCCUCUUUAUCUCAUGGAAUGCUGUCCUUCUCCUCUACCUCAUGAGCCGAUCACGAGGCCCAGAUCCUUCAGACCUCACCUCGCAUUUAAUUCAGCUCACCGAAGAAGCGGAAGCUGAGCUGGAGAAGCAGAAAGGGCUACUUCAACAGAUCCGUCACUACAUUGGAGAACUGAACCUCCGACCUCCUCCUGUACCGGGUCCGCGUGGCGCUGCUGCACCCCCGCCGUUCGCUAAUGCCUCGCAUGCCUCCCCAUCCCCUGUGGGAUCUGGUCCUCUGCCGGUUCCUGUUAUUCCAAUACUUGUGGUGGCGUGCGAUCGCCCGUCGGUGAGGAAGUGCCUGGACUCCCUGUUAAAGUACCGUCCCUCGGCGGAAAAGUUCCCGAUCGUUGUGAGCCAGGACUGUGGCCACCAAGAGACGGGACGAGUGAUAGACUCCUACGGAGACGCCGUCGUGCACAUCAAACAACCUGACCUCUCGGAAGUGGCAGCGCCACCGGAACACCGGAAAUUUCAAGGAUACUACAAGAUCGCCCGUCAUUACAGAUGGGCGCUUAACCAGAUAUUUAGAAACAUGGGCCACCAGGCUGCCAUUGUGGUGGAGGACGAUCUGGAGGUGGCCCCAGACUUCUAUGAGUAUUUCCAAGCAUCCUAUGGCCUUCUCCGCAAGGACCCCACCUUGUGGUGCGCCUCGGCCUGGAACGAUAAUGGGAAAGAAACUCUUGUGGAGAUGGAUGGCGGCUCACUGCUUCACCGUUCCGACUUCUUCCCAGGUCUCGGCUGGCUGUUACUACGCGAGUUGUGGGAGGAACUGGAGCCAAAGUGGCCAGCGGCUUUCUGGGAUGAUUGGGUUCGGAACCCUGAACAGAGACUGGGUAGGGCUUGCGUGAGGCCAGAGUUGUCCCGCACUCGAACAUUUGGGAGGAAAGGCGUUAGCCAGGGACAGUUCUUCGACCAGCAUUUGAAGUUCAUUAAACUGAACCAGGGCCGAGUAGCCUUCACCAAAAUGGAUCUCUCGUACCUUCUAAAAGAGGCUUAUGAUCCUUGGUUCCUAGGGCAGGUUUACGGGGCACCCAAAGCCCGGGCAGAGGAGGUGCUACAAGGCAAAGUGGCUGGAGGUAGGACGGUGAGAGUGGAGUACACUACCAGAGACUCUUUCAAGGCCAUGGCCAGGUCAUUUGGGGUUAUGGAUGACCUGAAGUCUGGCGUGGCUCGAACUGCUUACAUGGGGGUCGUGACCUUCACCCACAGAGGAAGAAGGGUUUUUCUGGCUCCACCCAAAGAAUGGGCCGGGUAUGACCCAUCAUGGACCUAAGGUGUUGAGUAAAGAAGAAGAAGCAUGGCGGGAGGUGGUGUGGAGCCAUGUGAAAUAUAGAAUUUCUACAGGGAGCAAAAUAAGCAGAGGAGAGAUCUAUGCUGUGACUCCAUGACCUCUAGGAAGGAAUGCAGGACCAUAGGAAAGCUAGAGGUACCGGAAUGAAGGUUCAAAGCCUUUCAGGAGCAGCAUAAAGGAUCGCUGCAUAUUUUUUAUUUGAUAUGAAACAUUUGAAUUUAUUUGGUGCGAUACCAGCGGUAUGGAGACCCUGAGAGAGAGCACUCAGGAAUGAAUGCCGACUCCCAGCAGAGCAGGCUUGGUUUCCUGAGGUUCUUCUCCAUACUAUAUCACCUCAAUAAAGUGACCUUUAUAGCCA